GGUCCAUCGCCAGCUCUCCUGUUGCUCAGAGAUGUGGAGGCUGUUGCUAAGAGACCGUGAAACGUCAGUACCUGGCCCUCGAGGAAAAAAAAAAAAAGGAGCGAAAAAGGGAGCAGGGAGGGAAGAGAGAGAGGGAGGCAGGAGGGAAGGACCUGGCGGCAGCCACCAGCCCCAGCAGCCUCGGCACCUCCGAGUUUCGGUGAGAAGCACCCGAAUUCCGUGAACUUUCUUCCGAGCCGCCCGCCUCUCUCGGUUGCCCUUUGAGUAAAGGAAGGGGAGCAGCAGGGGUACCCCAGCGCUGGAAACCCCGGAGGAUGCCGCCCCAGGAUCCCGGAGCCAGCGAGGAGGAGACGCCGGGGGAGGGGAGCAGCCCGGCAGGCAGUCUGUCCUACUGAAGCCGCGCGCGGGGAGGCCAGGAUGAGGCAGGGGCGCCCGGGUCUGCCGCAGGAGGACGGCUGUGUCCUCGGACCCGAAGGGGCGUCUGUCCCCGCCCGCUGAACGCCGAGCCCGCCAGGACCGUCCGGGACCGUCGCCUGAGCCCCGCUAGUCCUGCGCCUCCGGACGCGGGGCUCCUCCCGCCACAGCAGCCCACAGCCCGGCUCGCCUGGGUCCUCCCCUCUCCAGGGUCCUCGGGAGACACUGAGCCCGCGGACUGAGGCAGCAGAGGCCCCUGCAGACCCCCUUCGCCCCGGGAUCCUUCCCCAAGACCGCCACCCCUCGACCCUCCCAGACUCGAGCCCCCUGGGCCCCUGGGAGAAACGGCCUCUGAGACCCCGAGGGCAGGAGACACAGCAGCAGCCCUGGCCGCGUCGUCGGCCCAGACCUGGGACUGGGCUUCCGCGUCCCAGGACCUGUCAGGCCCCCCGGGAGGCACCCCUGUUGUCCCCCACGCCCCUCCCAGCUCUCAGACACGGUCCACGGCGGGGGGCACCCAACAGUCAUGGAUGAGAAGGACCCCAAAGGCCGCCAGGGGCCCUUCCCCAACGCGCGGGCAGCUGGUCCCUCCACAUCCCUGUGUCCUCCCUUUCUCGAGCUCUGAUCAUCUGUUCGAACGCUGGGAGACCUCCGCUGGGUGGCGAGCCCCCCUAGUCUCCAAAGGGGACCUCCAGUGGCGCUCACCCAGGGAGCCCUCCGGUGCCCAGAGGCCCCUGGGAGAGGCUUAAGCCAUGGCCCCCAGUGCCCCCGAGCCCCACCUCCCAGGGCUCCGGCGCCCGAGGGAGCAGCUGCCCUUCUGAGCGGCUGACUCGAUUCCACCGCCAGAGCCCCAGUCCCGAUGGGCUCCGUUCAGCACCACUGCUGCCCACAGCCGAAGAUGGGCGAUGCCUCGGCCCACCGGCCCUGGCCUAGGCCCCCGCGGCCCGCCCUGCUGCUGGUGCCCCUCCUUGUGGCGGCCGGGGUGAUGCCCUCGGACGGCGGCGCCAGCUGCCCGGUGCUCUGCACGUGCCAUAACCAGGCGGUGGACUGCAGCGGCCAGCGGCUCUUCUCCGUGCCCCCGGAGCUGCCCGUGGACACGCGCAACCUCAGCCUGGCGCACAACCGCAUCGCCGCCGUGCCGCCCGGCUACCUGACGUGCUACCGGGAGCUCCGCGUGCUCAGCCUACGCAACAACUCCCUGGUGGAGCUGCCCGCUGGCCUCUUCCUCCACGCCAAGCGCCUGGCGCACCUGGACCUGAGCUACAACAACCUCAGCCACGUGCCCGCCGGCAUGUUCCAGGCCGCGCAUGGCCUCCUGCGCAUCGACCUCAGCCACAACCCGGGGCUGCGCCGGGUGCACCCGCGCGCCUUCCAGGGCCUGGCGCAGCUGCGGGACCUCGACCUCAGCUUCGGGGGCCUGGCCUUCCUCAGCCUCGAGGCCCUCGAAGGCCUGCCCGGGCUGGUGACCCUGCAGAUCGGCGGCAACCCCUGGGUGUGCGGCUGCACCAUGGAGCCCCUGCUCAAGUGGCUGCGGAACCGCAUCCAGCGUUGCACCGCAGACUCUCAGCUGGCUGAGUGCCGAGGGCCCCCGGAAGUCGAGGGCGCCCCUCUCUUCUCGCUCACGGAGGAGAGCUUCAAGGCCUGCCACCUGACCCUGACCCUGGACGAUUACCUCUUCAUCGCCUUUGUGGGUUUCGUGGUCUCCAUCGCAUCCGUGGCCACCAACUUCCUCCUGGGCAUCACUGCCAACUGCUGCCACCGCUGGAGCAAGGCCAGCGAAGAGGAGGAGAUCUGAUGCGGAUGCCCAGCGCCCCUCCACG